CCUAUUUGGAAUUGCGAGCGAGAGAGAGAGAAGAGAGAGAGAGAGGGUUUCUUUUCGUUUGGCGAGAGGGAUUCUCCGGAGGAGAAGAGGGAUUUGGAUGCGAAUAGCGACCGAGAGAGAUCUGGAGCUCCAUCUCGUUUCCGGUUUGAAUUGAGCCGGAAUUUUGGCGAUUCGAUGGCAAUUUGAGAUCCUUGCGAGGAAGUCAUUCUCAUCCUGUUCUAGAAGUUCUUCUGAAUUCAUGGCAGAUUGUGGACUCCCUGUUGUUUCUCUUCUGCAGUCGCUCAAUUUCAUCUUGUUAUAAGUCAUUGGGAUAUGGUUUUGCAACGGAGGUUGGAUUGCGGAUCCAGUGGCUACCAUGCCCCUGUGAUGCCACACGUUCCAAGAUCUGCCAGGGGAAAGCGUUCGAUAAGAAAGAAGGUCGAGGGCAAGCCAUUGUGUGCAUUUGAUUUGCUUGCUACUGUAGCAGGUAAAUUGUUAUCGGAGAGGGAAAAUUCUCUGGCUUCAUGUGACAAUACUGGAACAUCUGACCCUGCUGCAGCAAAGGAUACCAUUAAACGGGAGCAAAUAGACAGUAACGAGAGGUCAAUCAAAUUUGAAGCGUUUGAUUUGCUGAGCUGUAAUGAACACCCGAAGUCUUCAAAAGCAACAUCGUCAGGACCUACUUCUCCCAUUGUAAAGUCAGAGAUAUCAGAUGAGGAUGCUGUUGGUGGAGAGUCAAAAUUCAUCGAAGACAGUCAUAAAAUUGGAUGUGGUGUUGCUGCUGUUGCUGAAAAUUUCGACAAUGUGAGGAUUUCUUCUUGUUCCAUGGAAUCACAUGAAUGUAAAGAUGGGAGCAAGAAACUACCACAAGGUCAACAGCAAACAGCAGGAAAUGCAACAGAUGGAAAUGCUCUAUAUCGUUUGGAUGGUCUUGUGGACUUGGAUGCCAAACAUUCUGUUUUAGGUAGCUCUGACAGCAGUGUUGAAGUUCCCCUACACAGGAACAACAUUUAUCGUAACACUUUGUUACCCAAGCAGGAAGAUGGUAUGGAUCUUGCUGCAUGUAAUGAUGAUGACGAAAAUUCUUCUGGAUGCACUCAUCCAACUGUUGUUACUAAUAAGACCUCUAGGAUGCAGCAUAUAGGUGACCGUAGGAUAAGGAAGCUCUUAGCAUCUAAGUUCUGGAGAGUAGCCCCAACGAUGUUGCAGGACAGUGAAACAUCUAACUAUGAUGUAGAACAGAAGCAUGCUCUACAAGGCAAGAGAAUGUGUUAUACACGCCAAAGAACGCAGAGGAACUCCUCCAAGAGAAGGAAAUUGUUUGAUCGUUGUUCAGUAUCAGUUUGUGGUGGAGGGAUUUAUGAUGAAGAUGUGUCAAAUUUAUGUGAAAAUGGUGGGAUCAAAUUAGAAACAUAUGAUUCACAAGGCAAUUUGUGUGAAGCAAAUGGUGCAUCAUCAACCACAACUGGACAAAAGUCAUGCUAUGAAUCACCAGAAUACCAUGUGAAACUCAGCAUUAAAUCUUUUAAGGUGCCAGAACUUGUUAUUGAGAUUCCUGAAACUGCUACAGUUGGUUCCCUAAAGAGGACAGUACUGGAUGCUGUGACUGCAAUCCUCGGGGGUGGACUGUGUGUCGGUGUUCUUCUUCAAGGAAAGAAGGUUAGAGAUGACAACAAGACCUUGCACCAGGUUGGGAUUUCUCAUGGUGACAAACUGGAUAACUUAGGGUUUACAUUGGAGCCAAAUCCUAGACAAUCUCCAGCACCACUAACAAGUUCCGAAGACCCAAAUUUUCUAAGUAUUGGUUGUGCGCCUGAACCACUGGAUAGGAUUUCCCCUGUAGCUCCUGCUGUGGUAGAUCAAGGAGGGCCAGAUGCCACUCAAUUUCUACAGAUCUGUCCAGAGAGUGAUCAUGAUUCGGUUCCGUCUCCAACUGAUGCCGCAUCAUCACUAGAAAAAACAAAAGCAAACUCGCUAGCACUGGUAGCUGUGCCACCCAUGGAUACUGAGGCACUGGCCAUGGUUCCACUUCGUAACAAGCCCAAGCGUUCUGAAGCCACUCAACGCCGGGUUCGUAGGCCCUUCUCCGUUGCCGAAGUGGAAGCUCUGGUUCAGGCAGUCGAAAAACUCGGGACGGGAAGGUGGCGAGAUGUCAAACUCUGUGCCUUUGAGAAUGCAAAGCACCGGACUUACGUAGAUCUCAAGGACAAAUGGAAGACGUUGGUGCACACAGCCAGGAUUUCCCCGCAGCAGAGGAGGGGAGAACCAGUCCCUCAAGAGCUCUUGGACCGGGUGCUCUCAGCCCAGGCCUACUGGUCCCAGCAGCAAGCCAAGCUGCUGCUGAAACCACCGGCUUCAGCUGAGACUCGUCUGCUCCUCUAGUCCCACAGCCUCUCCUCUCCUAUUCCACGAGGGGAGAAGCCAAUCUACCCCUGUAAAGAUCUCCCGAAACAUUCAGAAAACAAAAAAACAAGGUACAAGUAGCUGACGAAGUUGUGUUAUAUUCACUCACACCAUUCUUUCAAGCCACGGGUUCUUCUUCCUGUGUGAAUUAAGAAGGAAAAGAGCUUUCUUGGGCGAAAAAGUCACAAAUGGGUGUAAAAAUAUCUGAUUGCAACCAGUGACACCCUCACCUGUUUAACUCGAUUCUUUCUGUUCAAUUGGACCAGUUUGGUUCUCUUUUUCUAUUUACUGAUUCUUUUCUUGUUUUCUUUUACAUCGAAACAUUUACUUCGUGUAACAACAUGUGAUUCAUUUGAUCCUGCAAUACAAACAUCAUUCACUUUCUACUUCAA